ACACUCGCUUUAGCCAUUGAGCCAUCAACUUUUAUUAAUAAUCCUCCAAAUUUAAAACAACCCCAACUUUGAUUUUCCUAACCAUUAUUUAUUUUCAAUUUUAAAAAACCCAAUAUUUAUUUUCUAAUAUUUUUUAAAAUUUUCCUUUUUAUUCUUUCAAUUUCUCUAAUUGGAGAGUUUUUGCUUAACCAUUCUCAUAAAGCCUCUUCUUUUCCUCCUCUGCAAUGGCUUUUCUUCAUUGGGUUCUUUGCUAAUUCCUCCCCCAUAUUCAGUGCAAUAUCCAAAAAACACUACAAAAUUCCAAUCCUGGUUUCAUUUUUCACUGUUGUGGUGUCAAGUUUUAAUGAUGAAUGAUCAUGGUGGUAGCAAGUUGACCAAAAUCCGGCAAAUUGUUAAACUAAAAGAAAUUCUUCAUAAGUGGCAAACUGUGACGUUAGGCUCGAGGCCAAACGCCUUGCAUCCGGAAGAAAACCGGCGAGUGAUUAACCGAAGGUUAACGAAUGUUAUGGCAUGCGAUUCCGAUGAGGAAAGCUGCCCUAGUCCUGAACCGCCUCCUGAUGUUCCAAAAGGGUACUUGGCAGUUUAUGUUGGGCCAGAGCUUCGGAGGUUUAUCAUCCCCACGACGUACCUCACUCAUCCCGUCUUUAAGGUUUUGUUGGAAAAAGCGAAGGAUGAAUUUGGGUACGAUCAUAAUGGCGGCCUUACUCUCCCGUGUGAGAUCGAGAUCUUCAAGUAUCUCUUGCAGUGUAUAGAGAACCAUCCUAAAGGUUACCCUAUACUUGAUAACUCGAUUUCCGAAGAGGUGGAGAUUCAUUGAACAUCAGGCCGAACGAGUAAUCGUGCCAAGAACUUCGAGGUUAAAGCAAGAUCUCUUUUGUAUGCAAAACUUUUCCUUUUCUUCUUCUUUUCUUGUUAAUUUGCAAUCAGUAGGAAGCUUUUUAGAUAGGAAAAUUCAGGUUUUAUGGAAUGAAUGUAAUGAGGGGGGCAAAUGGUGAAACCUUUGUGUCCUUUACUUGAAUGUGAUUGCCAUAUAAUGUUUGAUUGGUAAUGGAACACUUUUAUUGUUCAUAAAA